AUGGGUUUCUCUAUAUUUAGCCCCAGCAGAAGCUUGGAUGGUGUUUCUGGGUUCUUCCAAGUAGUCUUCCUGCUCAGCCUAUUUCUGGUGCUUUUCAAGGCAGUCCAGUUCUACUUAAGAAGGCAGUGGCUGCUCAAGACACUCCAGAAGUUCCCAUCCACUCCUUCCCAUUGGCUUUGGGGGCACCACCAGAAGGUAGGAAGAAGGGAAAGAGAUAAGGACCUCCAGCAGAUUCUUUCCUGGGUAGAGAAAUUCCCAAGCGCCUGCUUACAGUGGCUCUCGGGGAGUCGUGCACGAGUUAUGCUCUAUGACCCUGACUAUGUGAAGGUGAUUCUGGGGCGAUCAGAUCCAAAGGCUUCUGGUAUUUACCAAUUAGUUGUUCCCUGGAUUGGCUACGGUUUGCUUCUGUUGAAUGGGAAGAAGUGGUUCCAGCACCGGCGGAUGUUGACUCCAGCCUUCCAUUAUGACAUCCUCAAACCCUACAUCAGAAUCAUGGUGGAAUCCGUCAAUACAAUGCUAGAAAAAUGGGAGAAGCUUGACGGACCGGACCACUCUCUGGACGUCUUUCACUACAUCUCCAUGAUGACACUGGACACUGUUAUGAAGUGUGCUUUCAGUUACCAGGGCAGUGUCCAGUUGGAUGAAAACUCCAGGUCCUACACUAAGGCUGUUGAGGAUCUGAACAACCUGACUUUCCAUCGAAUAAGGAGUGUCUUUUUUUGGAAUAACACCAUCUACAAAAUGUCCUCUGAUGGCCGUUUGUUCUACCAUGCCUGCCAGCUUGCGCAUGAGCACACAGAUGGAGUGAUCAAGAUGAGGAAAGCUCAGCUUCAGAACGAGGAAGAGCUGGAGAAACUCAAGAAGAAGAGGCGCUUGGAUUUCUUGGACAUCCUUUUGCUUUCCAAAAUGGAGGAUGGGAAGAGCUUGUCUGAUGAGGACCUGCGUGCAGAGGUGGACACAUUCAUGUUCGAGGGCCAUGACACCACAGCCAGUGGACUCUCCUGGAUCUUCUAUGCUCUGGCCACACACCCUGAGCACCAACAGAGAUGCAGGGAGGAGGUGCAAAGUGUCCUGGGUGAUGGAACUUCUGUCACCUGGGAGCACCUGGACCAGAUGCCCUACACCACCAUGUGCAUCAAGGAGGCCAUGAGGCUCUACCCACCUGUACCAGGUGUGAGUCGAGAGCUCAACACACCUGUUACCUUUCCUGAUGGACGCUCCUUACCCAAAGGUAUCACAGUCGCAAUCAGCAUUUAUGGCCUUCACCAUAACCCACGCUUUUGGCCAAACCCUGAGGUGUUUGACCCCUCUAGAUUUGCACCAGAUUCUUCUAGGCACAGCUAUGCUUUCCUGCCCUUCUCAGGAGGAGCAAGAAACUGCAUUGGGAAACAGUUUGCUAUGAAUGAGAUGAAGGUGGCCGUGGCCCUGACCCUACUCCGCUUUGAGCUGCUGCCAGAUCCCACCAGGAUCCCGGUCCCCAUGUUAAGACUUGUGUUGAAGUCCAAGGAUGGGAUCCACCUGCGUCUCAAGAAGCUAAGAUAAUUCUGUAGGAGAAAAGGACAACUCUAGGGAUCUGCUGCCUUCAGGCCUUUCUACUUGUCACCUGCUUUUGUCCCAGGCUUAUCUGUACUUCUGCUUUCUUUCUGACACUUGUCCCUCUGCUGUCUGUGAUGUCUCCUGUCAUUCCAUCUUCCUGCUCUUUCUCAACUCUCCCUAGACUCUUCCCCAGUUGUGUGUGUGCCUGUCUGCCACAUGGUUGUGUCUCUGACUGGCCACAUAACCCCUAAACACCUGCCUGUCCUCAGUUUACCUUUUAUAACCUUCACCCUAAAAGAAGAAACAUUUUAAAUGGAGACACUUGUGCCUCUCCCUUUGGCUCUCAGACUCUUGAGACAGUGAACACCAUGAAUUAAAAUGUCCUUAGGAAUCACAUGCUGGGAGAAAAUUAACAUUCAAAGUCUGCAUCACCCAGAAGGCGAACUUGA